AUGGUUCGGAGGCAUGAAACGGAAUGCUAUGAAUUGCGACGUACACAUAUCAGGGAGGAGUUCGACCUUCUCAAUAAGCUGUUGCUAGAGGCUCAAAAGCAGCAAAUGAACGCACUGAAAUUGCGGUUAGAAACCGAGAACAAGGAGUUGAAGCAGACACAAACCAAAAAGAGUAUGGACGAUGCACGUGCGAUUCAACAGGAUAAAAGUAUCAAAACGAAGGCCGAAAAGGAUAGACGAGUGAAAGAGAUGAACGAAAAAAACUUGAAGAUGUUUUUCGAGGAACGUAAAAGGCUGGCCAUCAAGUAA